AUGAUGAACAAAACCGUUCUGUGUUCGAUUCUGUUCUUCAUGUUGGUCGGUUCAGUUCUUGUUGAGACUCGUCCGCUUGGUUUAACAAAGACUAAAGAGAAGCUGAUGGCUGGUUUCUUCGAUGGCUUAUCACUUGGUUCCAUCAAAGGCUCAGGUCCGAGUCCUCCAGGCCAAGGUCAUAAGUUCAUAGACCGUACCGAUACGUUUCGCUUUGAUAAACACUCCGGCCCAAGCCCAAGCGGACCGGGUCACUAA